AAAAGUCACUUUUUUCACUUAUAACUUUGCACAGUCCCUAAACGAACUGUUGUAAGUUCGAUGACUAUCUGUAUUAGCCCCUUAAUCAUCUAGGGGCCAUUUCUAAAUGCCAUCAACCGAGUCAAUUGAGAUUCCCUUCUCCCACUAAGUGCGAGGGACUACCCGCGAACUGCACAAAAAAAGCCUUACCAAGUCACAUUUCCCGCCGCGGUGAUAAAUUAACAGCUCCGUCAAUGAUUGGCUAGAAGCCGCGCCUGCCUGUCAAAGUUCCCGACGCGGCUGGGCCAAGACGCAGGAAAAUGGCGACCUUCGGUGCCCGGCUGCGGGGCGUCUUGUGCGGGGCUGGCUUGGGACUGUGCGGGAUAGUGUCGGUUCUGCUGAUCGCGAUGCUUCUCCGAGCCUAUGGGACGCGACCUUCUGUCCCGGCCUUAGGACUGCGGGGAAAGCAGCAGCAGGGACGGCAGAGGCGAGUGGAGGCUGCCUUUAGUCCCCGCGAGUUGCAAGAGCUCAAGGAGGUGCUCCAAGGUGCUGUCAGAAUACAAACAGUUUCCUUCUCACCAGAUGAUCAGAAUAUAACAGCCCUGGAAGAAUUUGAGCCAUAUAUUUACAAAGUUUUUCCUGUAGUGUUUUCUACCUCAUUCAUUCAACAUGAAGUCAUCGGAGAUUACAGCCAUCUAUUCACCAUCCAGGGAUCUAACCCUCAAUUACAGCCAUAUAUGCUGCUUGCACAUAUAGAUGUGGUCCCAGCAUACCCUGAUGGAUGGGAUGUCAGUGAUCCCUUUUCUGCUGUGGAACAUGAUGGAUUUAUAUAUGGAAGAGGAACACUAGAUAAUAAAAACUCAGCUAUGGGCAUUCUACAUUCUCUAGAGUUUUUACUGAGACGAAAUUACAGACCACAAAGAUCUUUCUAUAUAGGCCUUGGGCAUGAUGAAGAGGUGGGUGGUAAAAAAGGAGCAAUGAAAAUUGUGGCUGAGCUGGAAUCUAGAGGGAUACAACUUUCUUUUGUGCUUGAUGAAGGAAGCUUUAUUUUUGAUGGAGUCAUCCCUAAAAUAGAAAAACCAGUAGCUGUAAUAGGUAUCACAGAAAAGGGUUCACUUAAUGUAAAUCUCAGUGUAACAUCUCAAGUUGGCCAUUCUUCUGCCCCCCCUAAGAGGACCAGCAUUGGUAUUCUUUCUGAGGCCUUAUACAAGUUGGAAACGCAGCCUAUGCCCAAUUUGUUUGGUCAUGGACCUGAAAUCAUGAUGUUUGAACAACUGGUACCAGUGUUCGACUUCCCCCUCAAUAUCAUCAUGGCAAAUCUGUGGCUCUUUGGACCUCUUGUUGGCUGGUUUCUUGAGCGAACUCCUGGCACUAAUGCUUUGGUUCGGACCACCACUGCAAUCACCAUGUUUCAUGCAGGAAUAAAGACAAAUGUUAUUCCACCAAAAGCUGAUGCCACAGUGAAUUUCCGCAUCCACUCGUCACAAACCGUUGAGGAGAUCCUGGAAAUAUUAGACAAAACAAUUAAUGAUAAGAGAGUGAAGAUAGAAGUGAUGGAUACCUUUGAUCCACCCCCCGUUAGCCCCUGGGACGAUCAGACCUUCGCUGUACGGGUUUUCCGCCAGACCAUCCUGGAUGUUUUUCCAGAUGUUGCCAGUGUAGUUCCAGGAAUUUGUAUUGGAAACACUGAUAGCAGGCACUACAACAGUCUCACAAAGGCUAUUUAUCGAUUUAACUCAGUAACCUUUAAAGCUGAUGAUUUGCCAAGAUUCCAUGGGUUGAAUGAAAGAAUCUCUGUGGAAGAUUAUGCAAAGCAAGUGGAAUUUUUCUUUCAACUAAUUCAAAAUUGUGAUUUGAACCAACCCACAGAGCCACAUACAAACCUCCAUGAGCUAUAGAAAGGAGAAAAUAUAAAGGCUUGUGGGAGUUGUUAGAAAUCUGAAUUAUUCAAAGCAGCUGUGUUCCAUUUUAUUCUCAGUGCCCAAACUUCUUUACUGUGUUAGAGAUUUAAAGUAAUAACACAAUCUAGCUGCACUGCAAGUUGUUGUGAAACAAACUAUUAAACAUAACAAUUCAACACAUUAUUCAGAACUAUGCAAAGAAACUAUGUUUCAGACUAGCUGUAUCUCAAAGGCAUUACAAACCCGAAAACAAUGCUGUCUACAUGAAUUAUGUCACAUGCAAUAAUACCACAAUGACCUCUAAAGGAAUUAGGUGUGAUGACAUCUUGACAAAUGUGAUAUAAUUAACCUCCCUUCUUCACUUCCAGAUAACAUCCAUGGAUGACUUUAUUGGAAAAUAGUAUAAUAUUUACGGUACAUGGGGAAGAACUUUUCUGUUAUUUUAACUGUAUAGAAGGGCAGUUUUGCAUAAGGAAAAACUGGAGUGUCUGGUGCCAAAUGUUAAGUAUAACAUAGAAUUAUCACUUGAAAUGUGAACUAUUUCAGUGUUCUUUUUGAAUUUCUAAAUUUUACCGCUGCAAAUUGUUUUUUUUAUGCUUAUUAUUUCAUUUUUCAUUUUAACUUCUCUUUUGACACCAUACUAUUUUAAAGGUUUAGCAUAGAUAAGACAGUUAUGAAUAUCUCCAGUUGGCAGAACUACAGCAUUUCUACUGCACAAGCAAAACAUAUUGAGGAAGAAGGGUGAUUCAGAAAUGUGAAAUAUACAUACUGUACAAGCCAAAUCACAGGUGAUUUAUCUCAGGAACAAAAGAGUGAUUUACCUCAAGGACAUAUGAAACUCGGGGCAAACUUUGGUACAGGUAGUCCUUAACUUACAAACACUACUAGGACCAGAAUUUCCACCUGUAUGGGGGACGUGGGAACUGCUAUAAGUCACUUUUUUCACCACUCUCUUAAAUUUGAACAUUCACUGAGUGAAAAGUUGUAAGUCAAGGAUUAUCUGUAUUGUUACAUUUUUAGAGGGAGUUAAUUUAGUGGGUUUGGUUUCCUUUAUUCACUUAAUUAAUGUAUAUGAGGCAAGGAGAAACUUUUCAAUGUCAAAGCCUGUAGUUCUUGGAAACAAAUCUUGUGUAGACCAUGUAUUAGGGGUGAGGCCAGAUUUCUGGUAAAAAAGGUGUCCUUCCAGGAUUUCUCUUUUCUUUCAUUGUCUGACACUCUUUCCCACAGAAAAUACAUUUAGCGGCUUAUUUUUGCUAAACCUAAAUAGUAAGGAGACAGAAGGCGGGGGAGCGUGGGCAAUUUUUGGCAAAAUAGCAACCUAGAGUAGCCAGGCCACAUUCUGUAUAACCUUUGAAAUAGCAAUUAGAUUGGAGGGGGGGGAUUCUAUUCAUGAAAUUUUGAGAGAGGGGUGUGGGUGUGUAAGUCAUGAAAGGGAGAGAGUUGUAGGUUCUCUUAUUCUAAUGCAGUGUAAGGUUCAGGAGUUCAAGUCCACAAGUCAUACAUGGGCCAUAGUUCCCCACCUCUGCUGUAAUGGUUUGAUAGCUCUGACUAUAGUGAAGGCAACUUUAUGUUUAUCUUCCUGGGACUCCAUUCUCACUUGAUAUUUUUUUUAAAGCAGACUGUCUUUUAUCUUGUUAAACUUUUAUAUUGUUCACUUGAGAUAUUACUGUAUGCACAGUGGACAAAUAAUUAUAUCCAAGCUUAUUGCACAUUUCAUACAGUUUGCAUCCUGGGUGCUGCUUGUGUAUGACUGCUGCACCUUAUUUGACUCUAUAUAAUUACAAGAUCUUGUACUUCUGUGGCACAUAACUAUUUUUCGGUCUGAUGACUGCAUUUGACUUUUGAUUUCAAGCCAGGGAUUGCACUCCACAAAAUGUAACCAGGCAGUUUUAGAGUUUUUUUUAUGAUUUUUUUCAAAUUAUUUUUCUGCACUGAAACAUAACAAGAGUCAUAUACUCCCCCCUAAUAUGUAUAACAAAAAUAUGAUUUAGCAAAAUU